AUGGAAGAAACAACACAAUUUUCUUCUCAAUCGUCGACAAGUGGUCACAUUAGACAGAUGGCUUUAGAAGAAGUGGUCAACAAAUUGACUUAUUUCUACGAGGAUGUCAUUGACACGAUAGGAGAAGGUUCAAGCUAUGCAAACGACACGAUAGGAAUAGGCUCAAGAUUUUGUAUUUAUUCGUGGUUCAUGUUCGUCUUGUGUCGUCUACUUGAACGUCUGUCGUCUUAUUGCCUCUCCCCUUCUCAAAUUCUCUAUUCAGAAAGUGAUUAUUAUUAUUAUUCACGAAAAUAUACAAAAAGAAGAAAGACUGACCCAAGAGUCCCGACGACCGCCACAGCAACAACCACAGCAACAAUAAAAAAAGGAAAAACAGAAUCAAAGGUAGUAGGAGCAGGUGAGGCGUUGUUAGCCGGAGGCUUGACAAGGAGUGGCAACAUAACUUGUUGUGCAGCUACCCCAUCUUCUGUUGGGGGGUCCCUAUGGUCCUCUGGGGAAUCAGAAGUUCCUCAUUUUCAUCCGGAACAUCCAUGUUGGUGUUCAAACCACCAGAACAUUCCCACUGCUCCUAGCAUACAAUUAGCCAUGCAUGAUGCAUAUAGCUUGAACCCUGUCGUUGAGAAGUUGCCCAAGUGUAUAGAAAGUGUUGCUUGUUAUAGAAACAAUUUGUUACUGGGAACAAGAGAGGGCUACUUGUUACUCUACACCAUCAGAAACCACAAUAACCGAAUUGAAUCCAUCCUCGAAAAAUCCAACAAAAAUUUUUCCAAGAAACCCAUAACUCAGUUGGAGGUCAUUCCAGAGUACCACAUCCUACUCAGCCUCUCUGAUAAUGUGGUAAGUGUGCACGACUUAACUGUCUUCAAGUUGAUUUCUGUCAUUGAGAAGACCAGGGGUGCCAAUUGUUUCAACAUUGAUCUUAAGAAAGAAGUCCUGCAAAAUGGUGAAAGUGAAUACAGUUUGAAGUUGUGCGUGUCAGUUAAGAGGAGGUUACAGUUUUACUACUGGAAAAACAGACAGUUCCAUGACUUAAGACCUGAACUCAACCUUCCUGACGUUCCGAAAUGUUUGGUGUGGUGUGUCGACACGAUAUUCCUUGGCUACAAAAAGGAUUACGUCUUGGUGUCGCUGGUAAAUGAAACAUCGAAGGAACUCUUCUCAACAGGCAAGCAGAUGGAACCUUCCAUCAUGAACCUAACGAGCAACAAGAUAUCACUGCUGAAAGAUGAGUCCACGAUAUUUGUCGACACCGAGGGCAAUGCCACCCAGAAGUCUGUUAUCACUUGGAACUCUACACCAUUGCAAUUGCUGUACGAUCACCCGUACAUGAUCGCCAUAUCGGCCACCAGUGUGGAAGUAAGGACCAUCGAUCCGAGGUGUUUCAUACAAUCACUUGAAAUAAACAAAGCCAGGAUCAUAUGCUCCGCAAAAUCACACGGGCGCCAACAGCAGC